AUGGCCAAAACAGAUGAACCAAUCAUCGAACCACUGAGCCAGCGGCUAGAGCGAGCACCGCCAGUCCACCAGCCAAACAUCCGGCUCAAGUCCUGUUUGAAAACUCCUGGCAAAAACGGUAAUGGUAACCGCGGAACAGCACGAGUGAAAUUCAUGUUGGGUGGGAAAGAAACAGAGACAACAUUUCCGGUUUCGGGUAGAAACAAUGCUUCUUCAUCAUCAUGUGUUGCAAUGGAAUUUGUUAGUAAGAACACUCAAAACAUUGUUCCAUCAACAUUGCCUCCGAUUCUUCCUCUAUCUUCACAAAACUCGAAACCGAAGCAUGUUAAUAAUCAAGUUGACCACGUCGAGCCACCACUAGACCAGUCGCAGGUGAACAUAUCAGAGGAGAUGAUGAAGCUGUUAUUAAGGUGUAACGAUGUUGUGGCUAACGUCAAGGGCUUGUUGGGUUACGUCCCAUAUCAUCCCUUAUGA